UAUAAAAGGUCCGUCCGGCGAGAGACGAUGGAGACAUCCCCACGCUCUCUUCUCGGCGCCCUCAGGAAGCUUCUUUCUUUCUAUUUUUCUUUCUUCUUUCUUCAAGAUUAGGGUUUCUGGAGAGAGAGUAGCUCCGAUGUCGGUAAGGACUGUGAAGGUCAGCAAUCUUUCCCUCACUGCAUCUGAGCAGGAUGUCAAGGAGUUCUUUUCCUUUUCUGGAGACAUCGAAUAUGUUGAGAUGCGUAGUGGGGAUGAAUGGUCACAAAUUGCAUACGUCACUUUCAAAGAUUCUGAGGGAGCAGAGACUGCACUACUUCUAUCGGGUGCAACAAUAGUUGAUCUGUCUGUCAUCAUUACACCAGCCCCAGAUUACCUAUUACCUCCUAUUGCUUCAGCUCCACCACUGUCCAAAGAUGCUAAAGCCCCUGGUGGUUCUGGAUCUGCUGUUCAAAAGGCUGAAGAUGUUGUCACCAGCAUGCUUGCCAAGGGUUUUAUCUUAGGCAAAGAUGCUGUAGGCAAAGCAAAAUCUUUUGAUGAGAAACACCAACUCACAUCCACAGCCGGUGCCAAGGUGGUGUCUUUUGACAAGAAAAUUGGUCUUAGCGAGAAGAUCAGCAUGGGAACCUCAGCUGUCAAUGAAAAAGUCAAGGGAAUGGAUCAGAAAUUCCAGGUCUCUGAGAAGACUAAAUCAGCCUUUUCUGCUGCCGAGGAGAAAGUUAGCAGUGCAGGUUCAGCAAUCAUGAAGAACAGGUUUGUAUUCACUGGGGCUUCAUGGGUGACUGGUGCCUUCAAUAAGGUUGCCAAGGCUGCGAGCGAUGUCGGGUCAAAGACAAAAGAGAAAGUUGUAGCGCAAGAGCAAAAGAAGGGACUGGAGGGUGAGUUCGCCCAGGUUCCUCUAUCUGAGACUGCAAAAUCUGCUUCCAGUGAGCAUUCUUCCAAGCCUGCACCUGCCCAAGGAUUGAUUCUUUAAGGGCACCUCUUCAAGCAAAUUCUUCUCUCUCUGUGGCUGCCAUUGUUAUGUUUAUAAAGGUCAUGCAACCUGGUGUUCUUGAGCUGACUACUGGCAUGUAUUUCUCUAGUGUAGGGUGUUGGCAACGUUCAUACCUUUAAUUAGAAUUGCUUGGCCGACCAUUUGAGUAUUA